GAAGUUUAGAAUGAAGACGGACGCGGUCCUUAGUGGGCACAUUUACGUAACAAAGUAAGGAAAAUAGUGUGGAAAAUGUUUGUGUUAUGUUGUUAAAUGGGUAGAUGGACAUUGAAUUCGCUACAUCCUAGUACACUAAACUUGUUACAAAACUCGUCCUUGUAUCUCAAGUCGCCAUGGAAAAAUCCAAAAAUUUUAGAAUCGACGCUCUACUCGCAGACGAGACCAACCGGGCAGGUCGAGCCGUCUCCCCGGGACUGAGCAGCGACAGCCCGGCGGGGAGCCCCGUUUCCUGCCGCCGCGGGGACACACCGUCUCCACGGGCCGCGCAGCUCCACGCUGGAAUAAUCCCCAAAGCAAGUGUCCUCAAUCUCACACACCACGGAUUCGCUUCGCUGCCCCAGGCCGCCAUCCCAGGCAUGUACCCUGCACCCAUGUACCCGCUGUCGGCUCUGGGUGGCCAGCACCCAGCCUUUGCCUACACCGGCUUCACGCAGCUAACUCAGACCUACCCUGAACACCUGAAGGCGGCCGCCAUGGCUGGCUCCGUGCCCCUGGAGCACUGGAUCCGAGCCGGGAUCAUGAUGCCGAGACUGCCCGAUUACAGCGGACCACAGUCCGGUUUGUUGGGGAAGUGUCGGAGGCCCCGCACCGCCUUCACCAGUCAGCAGCUGUUGGAACUGGAAAACCAGUUUAAAGUCAACAAGUACCUGUCCAGACCCAAACGCUUCGAAGUGGCCACAUCCCUCAUGCUGACGGAAACGCAGGUCAAGAUCUGGUUCCAAAACCGGAGAAUGAAGUGGAAACGGAGUCGGAAAGCGAAAGAGCAAGCCAGUGCUUCAAGUCAGUCUGAGUCUGAGCGACUCCACAAUGGAGGAAGAACAUCCAGCAGCAAAACGGACGAGAGAAGGCCUCACGGGAAUCCAGAAGAUGGAGGAGGUGUGGAUGUGGAUUUGGAGGAUGGCGAAGACGAGGAGGACGAAGUGGAGGAGGAGGAAGAAGAGGAGGAAACCCAGCAUGGCUUUGCGGUCACAAUGAGGAACCGUGUUGGGGUGCCAAGAUCCAUGGACUUCUUGCAGCGUAGCAGCGACGCUGGCUUCAACUCGCAUAGCCCUUUUUCUGAAGAAGAGCUGGAGGGAGUGCAAGCGGGAGGAGGAGACAGAAAGAUGAUGGCAGGACUGUGAAAGGACUGCAGGUUUGACAAUAUGACUGUUAGGACACUGACUCCAAAAUAUGUCUAAUAUUGUGUCCCAAAAGGACGUAAUGCUGUUGUCUUCAUAUUCGAAUGAGAAAGGACACAAAUAUGUUUUUUGUGAAUAAAGCCAUCAAACAGCUUGCCAUGCAGAGACAGGUGCUGAUUACCUCACCUUCAAGUCACCUUGUGUCUACUCCACCCACCUUGUCAUCAUGUCAUGUGACCAUGCCAGAUUACUGCUGUGUGUACUUGCUCAUAAGGACAAAAGGCAUAAAUGAGCAAUGGUGCUGCGGCUUAUACCACAUAACAUCCUUUUUAUUUUGUGCAUCAAUUUCAAAUGUGAUGUUGCACUUUUUGUUCUUGUUGUUCCUCCUUGUAUGUAAAUGCAUUUAAUUUAUUUGAUGUAUUCCAAAGAUUGAUCAUAAUGUGUUUGUCUGAAGCUUGUUUGUGGUUCAACUAUAUAUAUACAUAUAUAUAAAAGAAGGUUGUGGAUGUUCAUGAGUGGAGUUUGUUGAUCGUGAAGGACCCAACAGUUUACCUGCAAGUAGACAUCCUUGUAAAUUGUAUUUAUUAGCAAAGUUCAUACAUUUACAAACAAAAACAAUGUCAUUUACUCUAAUAUUACAACAUGAAAUUGGCUGUUUGAAAAGUAUAAAGUAUACUUUUUGAAGAAAAUAAGUGAACAUUAUAAGGAUCAAUUGAACAGUGAAUUUUGAUGCUUUACGGCAGUGUUUUUCAACCUUUUUUGAACCACGGCACUUUUUUUCCAUUGGAAAUAUCUUGCUGCAAACCACUAAUCAAAAAUGUUACAAAAUGUCUCACGUGCAUCACUAAAUCUAUUGGAGGAACGAGGGAAUCAGCUACGUGUUGCCACACGGACGAAUAUUACAUUGCUCUUUCCAGCACGGGCACUCGACAAUAACAUAUUUGCGGAAAAUUAUUAAUAAAUGUUGAUUUUUAAAAAGUGAUAUCGGAUAAUUCCUCACCGCACACCUGUGGUUGAAAAUCCCUGUUGUGCGUAAUGUGGUUAAUUCUUUAUCUUGUAUUUAGCAUGCAUAUUCUGAUGAAUUGUGUGUGUUACCUGCAGAAAUUCCAAAUGCAACAAAUAAACUAUAGAAGACGGAGCGGAUGCUGACGAAAUCCGACACAGAAAAUGUAUUUUUCAACCAAAACAACUGCUUUUGUGCUAAAUUGUAAUGUUGUUUCAUUCUGUAUCAGCAGCACCUCCACGGCCACGUUUUUU